UGUUACUCCAGCAUGGCGCAGAUCCAAACAUCCGCAACACUGACGGAAAAUCUGCUCUGGAUCUCGCCGAUCCUUCAGCGAAGGCUGUUCUCACCGGUGAAUACAAGAAGGAUGAACUUCUGGAAGCAGCAAGGAGUGGAAAUGAAGAAAAGCUGAUGGCACUGUUGACUCCAUUAAAUGUGAACUGCCAUGCCAGCGAUGGACGCAAGUCAACAUCCCAGAAAAUGCUGGUAAGUUUUGAUAACGGCCACUUGAUUGAUGCUCUGUUGUGAUUCUUACCUUUUUGUGAUCCAUUGC